AUGAAGCUUGACAAAUUUUUCGAACGGUAUAAUAUUCAUAUUUCUCCAUUGCAGAUUGAUCGCUGUUCGUCUGACGAUGGUGUGAUGCCGAUCUCUGAUGCGGCCGAAACCGCCGACAAAACCGCCCCAGUCGCCGAUUCAACCGCUCCAGCCGCCGAUUCAACCACCCCAGCCACCGAUUCAACCACCGCAACCACUGAUCCAGCCACCGCGACCACUGAUCAACCACCUCCGGCCGAUGAUGGAAAACCAUCGACGUUCUCCAAGUGUAAAGAGGAGGUGUAUAAGUCGCUAACGACCAUUCGCAGGGGCGCUGGUAUGUUUCUGAAGGGUUUUGGACAGGCCGCAUUAAGCGUGAUGGGCGCCUUGGUUGGCGUGUUUAAUGGUCUACUCAAGAUAACCGCGACCACUGGGGACACGGUGGCCACUGGCGUAAAUUUAGUGAACAACGCUGCUGGAAGCAUCGUACUAGUGCGCGACGUGACUGGUGGAGCGGCCACACUAGCCACCGGCCUGGCCACCACGAACCGCAUAAACUCAGAAUUCAUAAUCGAGAAUCGUGAGAAGCUAAUUGAUACGUUGGAUAAAGGCCUGGACAACUACCAUCCUGAGUCCGAGGGUGGUGCAGAUGGCAAAUCGACUGACACGACCGCCGCCGCCGCCGCCGCCGCCGCAACACCAACAACUAACGAAGACGCCCAAGCGACCACUGCCGAAGCUGCACCAGCGGCGACACCUCCGGUCCAAUCAUAG